AUAAACUGACUACAAGAUGUCUGGACGUGGAAAGGGAGCAGGAAAGGUCAGAGCGAAGGCGAAGACCCGCUCUUCUCGGGCCGGCCUCCAGUUCCCCGUCGGCCGUGUCCACAGACACUUGAGGAAGGGUAACUACGCCCAGCGUGUCGGUGCCGGAGCUCCGGUGUACCUGGCGGCGGUGCUGGAGUACCUGACCGCUGAGAUCCUGGAGCUGGCUGGAAACGCUGCCCGCGACAACAAGAAGACCAGGAUCAUCCCCCGUCACCUGCAGCUGGCCGUCCGCAACGACGAGGAGCUCAACAAGCUGCUGGGCGGAGUGACCAUCGCUCAGGGCGGCGUGCUGCCCAACAUCCAGGCGGUGCUGCUGCCCAAGAAGACCGAGAAGGCCGCCAAGAAGUAGAGACGACCCGGCUACACACACCCACACAACGGCUCUUUUAAGAGCCCCCACAUCCACUAAAGAGA